GAUUGAUACACACACACACACCCACAGGAGGAAACACGGUUAUUGCACACACUGCUUCUGAAAGGUUCAGUCUGAGCAGCCUGAGAUGUUGAAAUGAAGAUUGAUGAGAAAGUUGUCACCUACUUUGAAUCUUGCACCUCACCAGUGGACAAAGAGGGGUACCUCUACAAGAAGGGCGAGAGAAACACUUCCUAUCAGAAGCGCUGGUGUGUGCUGAAGGGGAACCUCCUUUUCUACAAGGACCGUCCGGCUGACCGCGACGUGAUAGGAGUGAUUGUUCUGGAGGGCUGCACCAUCCAGCUGUGCGAGUCCGAGGAGCAGUUUGCCUUCUCGCUUGUGUGGAGCGAGCCGGGACUGCGAACAUACAAGUUUGCAGCCGAAGACCAGGCCAGUCAGGAGAGCUGGAUCAAAGCCCUGCUGUCAGCCAACCACAGCUACCUGUCUCUGCUGGUGAUGGACCUGGAGAAGAAGUACAGAGAUGCAUUAGGUGAGUUCUCCAGUGAACCAACCAACCCUUUCGUGAUGCCAAAUUUCAGCACCGCAGAAGUGGCAUAUCCUGCAGCCUUUCAGAGUUCCAAGUCUUCAACACUACCUACAUACCCAGGCACAGGUGUGGGAGCAGGACCCAGCCUGAGCUCCAGUCUGACGCUUCAAGCUCCGACCGUUUCGUCCAAAUCAUCCAGUAAAAGAUCACCCAAACUGUGGCCCAAGAAGAGCUCUAACGUGGUGCCUGUUAACACUCCUGCUCCGCCUCUGAUGGAGUGGUCAGCGGCCUGUUUAAGCACCAAGGAGGAAUUCACUCAGCUGCAUGAAGAUUUUGGAAAAGAGGUGAAGGAACUGAUUGCUGAUUGGUCCAAGAGGGGACGAGGUGACGCCGUUGUUCAGGAAGAAAACUUGAUAGAUUUCGGAUGAUAACUGUGACGUUUACACAGUGUCUACACCUUGAUUUCAGUACGUGGUCGCAUUGCAAAGCUAUUAUGUAUAUAAGAAUUACAACAAUUACUGUUGAGAUAUAUUUGUAUAUAAUUGUUGUUUAAGAGCAAAUUGUUUCUUUUGUACUUAUUAUACCAUAGAGCCAAUAAAUGAUCUCAUGCUCCAGUGAUAUUAAUUCCUUAUUACAGUGAAGAGAUUUCGUCAUGUGAAGAUUAAAAACAAGCCACAUGCCAUAUUUUCUUUUAAGGACGUUAACACCAGCUGUGAAUGUGGCCUUUAUCUCACUGAUGAUUAUGUACUUGACCAAGUCCAUACAGUAUAUCAUCAGUCGGGCUGUGUGUUGUUAAAGUUAGGCAUGAUACCUGACAAGUUUUACAUUCCAUGAUGGCAGAAAUUGUUGAUUUGGAACUCAGCAGGUCUUAACGUUAUGACUUAAUGUUAGCUUGAAGAUAUAACAACGACAGAGGUCACCCUGUGUCCUUUUGGGUUUCCAGCACCUUAUACUUCAUUCUACUUAACAUAGACCUGUUGGCCUCACUCGUGGACACUAACAUGGACUAAUAAUGUUUGUAUAUGGCAACACAUUUGACCAAUUUUAUCAACAGUAACAACCUAAGACACUGUUAAUUAGGAAGUACUCGUCUUAGGACAUUGGGACUUAAUUGUCGUCUUGUCAUAUGAGGACAUGAUGUUUUUUCUAAACUACUUCCUGUUCAAAGACAAUGUUUAGUUAUACUGACCAGGUCCUACUGAUCCCAAACAGCUUCGAGACAUUAAAAAUGUGUACCAAACAGAAGCUGAGGUCUCAGGAGGUGACCUGCAUACACUGUAGAUUCAAACAUGCAGUAUUAAAGUCAUGACAUUAAAAUCACAAAUGCAACUGUGUCAUGCUAUUUUCAUUGUUAAGCACUCUUGCUGUUAUUGGUAACUUUCGUGAUUAUUUUUGUGCCUUCCGUCAACUGCCAAUGAGCUGUGAUCUGUUUGUGGUCAGUCAAUGUGACGUAUCUUCCGCUGCACAGAGGAUUGUGGGUCAGAAUUGCCAUAUAAAUCAUGCUGGCUUGCAUACUACAAAAUGCGACCCGAUGCAGUAGAACAUCCUGGUAUUUUUGGCACACUGCAUUUGACAUACUUUGUAUUGGGACAUACUAAAUGUUAUUCUGGCAUAUUAAAUAGUUUGGUAGUAUGGGUAUUGAAAUGCACCAUAUAAAAAAGUAUAAGAUUCAAAAUGAGGCAAAUAUAUUAAAAUGGGAAGCUUAUCAAAUGUGCAUAAUACGAUCAAGGGUUUAAGCAAUGGGGAGUAAAAGGGAAAACAGCUUGGUGUGUUUUGGAAAUGGAUGUAGGGCUGGAGAGUUCUGAAAAUCUGAGAGGAAAAUACGAUUCGGGAACGCAUGAAAAUAACUUCUUUUUUUUUUGUCAGUGUCACAAAAAUUGUUUUAAUAAAGAUCUAAAUGAAAUGCAUAUUGUUUAAUACUCGUGCAAACAAAGACCUGCAUUUGUGUCUGUUCACACUGUUCACACUACCAGAAAUGAACCCACUCCAAAUGUUUUCUGGCCAUUAUUUAAUACUUUAAUACUGAUUUUGGUGUCUAAUUUUCUGUACAGAUACCAAAAUUAUUCCUUUUUUUUUUUUUUUAAACCUUUAAGAAAUAAAGCCAUGAGUCUCUAUAA